CUUCUUCCUCAUUAUCGCACACGUGCGCCAGCUCGAGCACUCGCCGCGAGAAGUGCCGUUCACCGCGAACGCCGCAGCACGGCGCAGCGCAGCUUCGGCGAUGAAGCCGUGAUCGGACCGCAAAAUUCAUUCUCGUACAAACUGCCGAUACGCCGCCGGGGAGUGUACCGCACCCGUCCAGCAUCAUGUCGAGCUCGACGAUCGGCGUCCACAUCCGCAAAGCCCAGCCGGCAGACUGCGAAGCCCUCAAGAAACUCAUGAAAGGCGCUCAGGAAUUCGACUUCAGGGACGACGCAACGGCAAUGGCAGAUCUCAAGGAAAACGCCUUUGGAGAUUGGCCCCUGGUGAACAUUCUGGUGGCUGACGACAGCGGCGGAGGCAUCGGCGUGCCCUGCCCUCCACUGUGCGGCAGUCUGAUGCCGUCGCCAGCGCUGAUCGGCUGCGCGCUGUACAGCUUCGUCUUCAGCACCUGGGGCGGCAAAUCCAUGGUCCUGGAUGGCGUGCACGUGGCACCCGCGUAUCAAGGCAAGGGCGUCGGCUCGGCGCUACUCCGGGCCGUCUUCAAGGAAGCAGCUCAUAACAAGUGCAACGAGCUCACCUGUCACGUGCUGGCGAAGAACGAGGCCUUCAUCAACCUGAUGAGAAGGCACGGCGGCAUGGACCAGGAGCGCGAGAAAGGGUGGCACUUGUUCAGUAUGGACAAUCGCGCCAUCACGAUGCUGACCCAGGAGCAGCCGUGGACGGCGGUCAGAACCGCGUCCAGCACGAGCAAGAAAUCGAUGUGACCCCCGAAGCUGCGCGCAGCCUGUUCGCCCGGUGCUGCAUGACCCGGCCAGCGCUUCCUUGGUCUGGCGGGCUUCGUAAUGCAUUCCCGUCGUUACUCGUGAUGAUCGCACAGCCGAGACACGUUCGCUCGCGAUGCGGGCAUACCAACCAGUGCGGAUCCGACAGGGUGUGAAUAUUGCAGCAGGCUGUCGAUACGAAUUCGGCAGGAGAAUUUCGAUAUAGGCUGCAGCAUCGGCUGCUGCCGGCUGUUCCCCGAUUCGCAUUCGAAGUCGAAAU